CUGGCUGCCCUGACAGAAAUUUAAUUUGAAUUCAAUUUGUGAUUUGCUGGCUUGUUUCACUUUUUCAUUCUUCGCUCUGCUUCUGCUCAUUAUUUUAUUCUACACUUUGGAAACUUUACAAUAUGGCGACUUACUUUAACAGUGCAAUAUAUUCCUCAAUUUUUUUCGCCAUCUGUAUCUUCUUACCGAUCAGAGCAUUGGAUGCUUUCGACAUAGAGCUGAACCAUUUCAACUUAGUUGACUUCAAUUUGACCCUGGACGUUGACUCCAGAUUUGACGUGAACAUUUCAGUAGUUAGACUCGAGGCAGUCGGAAAGUUCGGACAAGAUAGCUCUGUUAAAUCUGCCAGUGGCGAACUGUGUAUUCCGAAAAAGUAUAAAGCGAGUUUCACAACUGGGUGUAAAUCCACAGAAUAUGAAGGGUGUAUUAAUGAGUUCGGCAAAGGAAAAUUCGUUGCGAUUGUGGACCGCGGAGGCUGUGAUAUGUUUGACAAGGCAAAAGUUGCGCACAAGGCGACUGCUAGGGGCUUGAUUGUUGUAGAAACUGCUUCAACUACGGACCCGCUGGACCUCAAAGAGUAUGACCACCCACCGCACAGUGGUAAGUUCCAGACAUACAAGACGACUUCUCUGGACCACUCCUUCAUCAGAGAGGCUUCCACCAGACCCAAAUCGGACAUUCCGUUCGUGAUUUGCACGAAAGCGAUUGGCCGAGAGCUGCGCGCCUUCGUCUAUAAUAAGUCCGAUUUCCAUUUGGAGAUGUUCGACGGGGGCAUGCACGGGACAGAGUUAAGAGUGCCCUCCUCCAGCCUGCUGCUGGUGUUUGUCGCAUUCAUAGUGCUCACUAUUAUUUCCAUGAUAUGGCUCAUUUUCUACUAUGUGCAGCGGUUCAGAUAUCAUCACCAUCAAGACAGAGUCAUUGGCCAAGUGAGGAAAGCGACCAAGAAGGCGUUCCGGAUGAUGCCCACGAGGAUUCUUCGCGACGGGGAUCCUGAACUGGACAGUUCAUUUGGCAGAUGUGCCAUCUGUCUUGAGGCUUACAAACUGUGGGACAUGGUCAGAGAAUUGCCCUGCAGUCAUAUUUACCACAAAUCUUGCGUGGAUGCCUGGUUGAGCCGGAAGCCAGCUUGUCCCCACUGCAAGUCCAAUGUCCUCAAGGCACUGGGCUUCGACGCCGACUACGACUGGACUUGUCUGGACGCGAACAGUGAACCGGACGCCAUCAGUCUCCUGGACAUUGUUCCCCAAGUGGUCUCGGUCCAGAUAUUCGCACCCAACACUGCGGCUCCCAGCCGAUUCAUCACUGAUCUAACUUCUAUCCCGCACAAUCCUCCCCCUUACAACGACAACAGCCCGACCGCCACCGCAUCAGCACCCUCUAGUCCCCUCCACUCGGGGGAGAGAAGAGGAGACGGCGGUGGCAGCAAACACAGGCUGAACAACAACUCACAGCAAGGACCAUCAAACACCCCUCGAGGAGGAAUCGGCGGCGAUUCGCAGCAGAAUAACCAAAUGACAACUACAGUUGCAACAGUCGAGAUGCCAUCUAGUGCACACUCCCCCCUUGGUACCGCCGUCAUCCCAAAAGGGGGAUCCAAGUCCAGAAAACAGAAAUCUGACGCCCAAAAUACAGGUACAGGGUCUGGCGCGGGCGAGCCAUCGGUUCCAGUUAAUGUUACUUUGGAAGUGGAUACCCAUAACAACAUGGGAAGUACUGGAGGAGCUUCGACAUCCCCGGGAGGAGGCGCAAAGGUCGGAUCCAGCGGACCUUCAUCCAGCACUAGUGCGAAUUCAACAUCAUCGAACUCCUCGACCGGCCGAUCGCUCAAAUGGCAGAUAAAAAAAGGAGUUUUGGCCGCUAUCGGAGGAGACUCAAGAGCAUAAAACAUGGCAUUAUCGCUACCUUUAACCUGCAAAGAAAGAAUAAACGAAACUAGUUGUUGACUAUUGCUAACUAAAAGAACAUGCAUUAAAAAAGUCUUUUGAAGAUAGAGUUUUGCUGAAAAGAAGAAACAAUUUUCGCCACUAUUUAUUCAUAAUUCACGUCGUUUAGUGCAGUUAUGAAACAUUCGUAUUUGUGAAGUUGUACUUCGUUCCGUAGCAGUGAAGUUUGAUUCUCGUCGAUUUUUAAAAGUAGUUUAUUCAGCAUAUUUAUAAAUGUGGUAGUUUUGUAUGAAAUUUAGCACGAACAGCUCAGCAUGUCGGAUGCUAUUUUCUGUCAUUAGCGGUAUAUUUAUCUACUUACUUUAUCCAUUCGUUUCAAUAGAUUAUUUGUCCUUAUCUUCUAUCUUAAUAA